CCUCCCAUCUGAGACUAAUCCAACAAAUGGCUAGCAAUUUGCGACCGUGAUUUAUUAAAUUUACGGUAAUAUACUGUAAAUGGUGCUUAUAUUAGUAGAUGUAUGGUCAGGUAGGGUUGGGAAGUAUAUUCAUUGCAGCAUGGAAAUGCACCAGGUUUGGUUUUCGCAGAUUCGAAUCUAGAUGACGUUAUUGCCAGGUGGAGCAAGUAUCAGGCUCUGGGAAACUGGGAAGCAGCUGGGAAGUUACUUUCAACGGCACAAACCGUCACAAACGCAGCACUAACGAAUGAGGCCCUGGCGCUGUUUUUCUUCUGGGUUUAUUGUCAGCCACAACAGGCACAGGUUCUUCUGCUUGACUUCUAUGGAAAGGCUAGCUGAUGGCGUAACGCUUGGACCACCAGCUGUAACCAGCCUCACCUCAGAACUAAAACCACCGAGAAAAAUAAAGUCAGGACUGUGGGAUAAAGAAUGUUUUGCACAGGACUAGUCUUUAAGGCUGAGCUUUGAUGACCCUUUUAGUUACUGCUAAUGUAAUUGGAGACUGUCGAAGUAUUUUUCAUAAAUAAGGAUGUUUCAUCCAUCUUGUCGACUUGUGAAAAACAUUGCAAUCAAAGGACUCCUGGCUUACCAUCGGGGAAGAGCUUCUAAUGAAAGUAAUUCUCGUUUACUGACUCGGAAGACAUUCUUUUCUCCUAUAGUUUCUUUCUCAGCAUCCAGAACAGCAAGUCUGAGCUCCUGCACCGGACAUAAAAACAUCUUCAUCAUGGGCCUCCCAGGCUCAGGAAAAACAACAGUAGGAAACAUCCUUGGUAGCAAGUUAGGACAUCCUGUCAUUGAUCUAGAUGAUCACAUCCUCAAGAAAGAGUGGAACAUGACUGCAGGGGAGAAGCUGUCAGAAAUCGGUUGGGAACAGUUUGUUGAAGAGGAAGGCAAAGCUCUUUCAAGUUUCUCUGCGUCUGGAAGUAUUGUUUUAUUGACGGAGUCCAGUCCAAUGCACUCUGCAGCUAUGCACCACGUGAAGCAAAAUGGAAUUGUUAUAUACCUUGAUGUUAACCCUGAAGUCAUCAUAAAGAGGCUGUCGGGAGGGAGAGGGAAUAGGAUCGUUGGGCGCGGAUCAGGAGUGUCUUUGAGAGAGAUUCUACGCUGCAGGCGGAAAAUAUAUAACAAGUGGUGUGAUGCAAGGGUCCUUUGUGAUUCUGGGGACAGCGCUGAAGAAGUGGCCGCAAAUGUAUUAAAAGCCGUGAAGAGAUGUGAAGAUACUGAAUCUGAAGUGUUUGUUUCAACCAGAAACAAGUUUCUGCCAGAGGACGGUUCGGUGUCAGAGCGGAAAUUUUUCAGCGAUUUUUUGGUCGAGGGUCUGGCUCCCGACGGUGGGCUUUAUGUGCCACAGGGUGGUCUUUCAGAGUUGCCCCCACGGGAAUGGGUGAGAUUAGUGGACCUGCCGUAUUCUGAAAGAGCCCAGAUCCUGCUUGAGAAAUGUAUCCAUCCUGCUGACGUUCCGGCUCCGGAGCUCUACAGCAUGGUCAAGAAGGCUUAUGCGGAUAAUUUUGCUUGCCCAAGGAUUGCUCCAGUCCGACACCUCGUACAUAACCAGUACGUUCAGGAGCUCUUUCACGGCCCCACGGCUUCUUUCCGAGAUUUCUCCCUGCUGCUGCUGCCUCAGCUGUUGGCGUACUGCACCUCGAACCUGUGCAAUCAUUUACUCCUGGGGGCCACGUCUGGAGACACGGGCAGCGCGGCGCUGAACGGCUUUAGUCGUCUACCCGAGGCUGAAAAGCGCAGGAGUGCCGUGCUGGUGUUCUUCCCCGAAGCCGGAGUGAGCCCCGUUCAGAGACUGCAGAUGACGGGUUUUCGGGAGGGGAACCUGAAGGCGGUCGGUGUGCAGUCGGACUUGGCCUUUUGCCAGCAGGCGGUCCGGCAGAUGCUCGGCGAUCCGAAGCUGACGGGCCACCUGGCGGUGGAGUGUGGCGCGGUGCUGACCGCCGCCGACUCCGUUAACUGGGCCCAGCUGCUUCCGCAGGUCAUCUUCCACGCCUCCGCCUAUCUCGACCUCGUCAGCCAGGGCACCGUUGCCUUCGGAGAGCCUGUGGACGUUUGCAUCCCCGCUGGCGACUUUGGAAAUAUUUUAUCGGCCGUGUAUGCAAAACAAAUGGGAAUUCCUAUCAGGAAAUUUAUUUGUGCCUCUCACCAGAGCGGUGUUCUAACGAAAUUCAUGAGGACUGGGGAGUAUGAUCUUAGAGACCGACAGCUUCUGCCUUCAAGCUCUCCGGCAACAGAAGUCCUAAAGCCUUCUAGCCUCGAGAGAUACCUCUUUCACAUCUCUGAUGGGGACUGGCAGCUCGUUAGAGGGUUAUUUUCUCAGUUUGAGAGGGAGAGGUAUUUUAAGGUGCCAAGAGCUCUACUGAAAAGGAUGCAUCAGGACUGUCUGGCAGGCUGGUGCUCUGAAGAGGAGUGCUUGGCUGCUAUCAGCGCUGUUCAUUCAGCCACAGGAUACAUUCUGGACACCCGCGCCGCGGCUGCCAAAGUCGUAGCAGAUCGCCUGCAAGACAGGACGUGCCCAGUUAUCAUUUCCUCCACGGUUCACCCCGCCAAGUUCGCACCCGCUGUGCUGAAAGCAUUGAAAUUUCAGGAUGUUGCCGAGGAUCCGUUCGAUCAGCUUAAUUUGCUCAGCUCGUUAGGUUCCCUGCCUCCCAUGCAUGCAGACUUAAAGUCUCUAAGAGAUCCAAGGAGGCACAAGGUGUGUGAUGCUAACGUCAGUGACCUAGUUGAAGAAGUUGAAACUGUUGUUCGAGAUUCAUUCUUAAAAGUUACCUGAGCAUGGAAAGCUAGACAGGUUUAGUGCUGCAUAACUCAAUGAAUACAUUUGCCUUUUAACUUACUAUGUGUCAGAGAUGCUGUCAGUUACAGAUAUAGGGAUGCCCCACUUACAUAAUUUAAAACAGACAAUUCUUAACACAGUAGGCAAGAUAUAUUUAUAUUUUGUGGGAACUGCAGGUCUGCUUACAUUGGAUUGAACUUCAUGUUCUCUGCUAGUUUGUUCAGUUUGUUUAGACUCUUUAAAGAGCAAACGAACACCACUGUUGACUUUCAGAUUUAUUUUAAUGAAUUCAAUGUUUACCAAACUUAAUCAUAUACUGCCUCAUUUUAUUUGGGUUUCCAAAUGAAUUCCAAGUUUUACCAGCUGUUCACGGUAUAUAUUGUUAAUGAAGAUAUUUUAGGGGUGGCAGGGCAGCGUAGUGCUGUCGCCCUGGGUGCAAUUCUGGACCUGGGGUACUAUCUGUGUGGAGUUUGUAUGUUCUCUCUGUCUUCACAUGGGUUUCCUCCAGGUGCUCCGGUUUUGUCCCACAGUCCAAAGACAUAGUAGUAGGUUAACAGACUUCAGGGAAAACUCCUUGGCGUGAGUGUGGGUUUGUGUCUGUGUGUCUGCCCUGCAAUGGCCUGGUGUCCCAUCCAGGGUGUACCCUGCCUUGU